CUAAAACUGCAGAAAACCAGGGAAACCCGAGAAAAUCGAGUAUACUGAAGCCAUCGAGAGCAGCUUUCUUGCAACUCCCAUGGCCCUAUAAGGCAGAGAGAGAUAGAGCAAGCGAGCGGGGAGAAGAGAUUGAGCAUUGCUGGUGGCCCUGUGCUUUGAGAGAGGAGAGAGGACUUGAGGAAUAGGCAGGAGGCUUUGUGGUGGAGCAAUGGCGACAGCGGCCUGGGCCGCAUGGCUGCUCAUCCUCACGUGCUUCGGCGCUUGGACCCCGCGGCAAAUCUUGGUUGCUGCAGCCACCGACGCGAAUGAUGUUACUGCCCUCAACACGCUGUUUACCAGCAUGAAUUCGCCGGGACAGCUGCAGGGCUGGAAGGUGAGUGGUGGCGACCCAUGCGGCGAAUCGUGGCAGGGCAUCACUUGCUCUGGGUCCUCUGUUACUGCAAUUAAAUUGCCGAACUUGGGCCUCUCGGGAAAUCUGGCCUACAACAUGAACACCAUGGAUUCAUUAGUUGAGCUAGACAUGAGCCACAACAAUCUCGGUGGUGGCCAACAGAUUCCAUACAAUCUUCCAAAUAAGAAGCUUGAAAGACUCAAUCUGGCAGAAAACCAGUUCUCUGGAUCUGUGCCAUACUCAAUUUCAACGAUGCCUAAUAUUAAGUACCUAAACCUUAAUCAUAACCAGCUAUCAGGAGAUAUCACGGACAUAUUUUCCAACCUCCCAAGUUUAACCACAGUAGACCUUUCCUCCAAUUCUCUUACUGGCAAUCUACCACAAAGUUUCACUUCUUUGUCAAGCCUGAAAACACUGUAUUUGCAGAACAAUCAACUUACUGGUUCAAUCAAUGUACUUGCAAAUCUUCCCCUUGAUGAUCUGAAUGUUGCAAACAACCGCUUCACUGGUUGGAUUCCUGAGGAGUUAAAGAAGAUAAAUAGUCUGCAAACUGACGGCAACUCUUGGAGCACAGGCUCAGCACCACCACCACCACCAUUUACAGCUCCUCCACGUUCGCGCAACCGUCGAAAGAGCCCAGGCCAGCACUCCAAUGGAAGUAACAACUCGAGUUCAGGUGGAAGCUCUAGCAUAGGUGCUGGAGCCAUAGCAGGCAUUAUCAUAUCUGUUCUUGUUGUUGGAGCACUUGUUGCAUUCUUCCUGAUAAAGAGAAAUAAAAGAAAAAGUGCAAUGCCAGAACACUAUGAACAACGCCAGCCUUUCAAUUCGUUCCCUUCAAAUGAAGUUAAAAAUAUGAAGCCAAUUGAAGAGGCUACCACUGUAGAGGUGGAGUCUUUGCCUUCUCCUGCUGCAGUUAACCUGAAACCACCUCCCAAGAUUGAGCGGAAUCAAUCAUUUGAUGAUGAUGAUUUUGCAAACAAGCCUGUUGCCAUGAAAAGUAAUGCAGCAGCAGCACCAGUUAAGGCAACUGUUUAUUCAGUUGCUGACCUACAGAUGGCAACAGAUAGCUUCAACAUGGACAACCUUAUUGGAGAGGGUACUUUAGGACGUGUGUACAAGGCACAAUUUAGUGAUGGAAAGGUUCUAGCUGUGAAGAAAUUAAACAGUACAACACUGCCAAGGCAAUCAUCAGAUGAUUUCUAUGAGCUGGUGUCGAACAUUUCGAAAUUGCACCAUCCCAAUCUCAGUGAGCUUGUGGGCUACUGCAUGGAGCACGGACAGCACUUGCUUGUUUAUGAUUUCCACAGGAAUGGUUCACUGCAUGAUAUGCUCCAUCUCUCAGAUGAUUAUAACAAACCACUUAGUUGGAAUUCUCGUGUUAAGAUUGCGUUGGGCUCUGCACGUGCACUAGAGCAUCUUCAUGAAAUUUGUUCUCCAUCUAUAAUUCACAAGAACUUUAAGUCGUCCAAUAUUUUACUGGACACCGAGCUCAAUCCUCACAUUUCUGAUGCUGGACAUUCAAGUUUUGUUCCAGAUGCUGAAUUCCAGGCUUCAGAUCAGGGGUCUGGGUAUAGUGCCCCUGAGGUCGAGAUGUCCGGUCAGUAUACCCUCAAGAGUGAUGUCUACAGCUUUGGGGUCGUCAUGCUGGAACUCUUGACAGGCCGUAAACCAUUUGACAGUUCUAGGCCCCGGUCAGAGCAAUCACUUGUCCGGUGGGCAACUCCCCAGCUGCAUGACAUUGACGCCUUGGACCAGAUGGUUGAUCCGGCGCUCAAGGGUCUUUACCCCGCCAAAUCCCUUUCCCGUUUUGCGGAUGUUAUUGCUCUGUGUGUCCAGCCUGAGCCAGAGUUCAGACCUCCAAUGUCUGAGGUGGUGCAAGCGCUGGUGCGGCUCGUUCAGAGGGCCAACAUGACCAGGAGAAUGCUAGAUGGCGAGGAGGCUUCUCGGCGGCCGGAUGACCAGGAACAGGAAUUCGUCUAACAAGCUACUGAAACAAUAUACACAUCAUGUGCUGUACCUGCACCAUCUUAAUGUUGUGACUGUUGAUAAAACAGGGAAAACAGCUUUGUCGACUUCCAUUCAGUAUAUAUUACAGGUUUUAUUUCAUAUAACGAAAUAUAUAUGUUAUUUUUUAGAUAAUGGGAAUUGAAAGUUUCUGGCC